CUGAGUGGGUCAUCAGGCAGUCUCCUUAUGUCAGGCCGAAACGGGUCUGCCAGUGAUGCAGACUGCCAGAUCUCUGAGGACUGCCAUGUCCCAGAUGUUGAGCUGAUGGAGCUCGGGCCGCUGCUGGAGGAGGGAGGGGGGCGACAGGUGGCUUCUAAAGGCAUCCAUUCAGAGGGAGCCGCUAUGCUGGCUGAUGAGGAGGAGGAGGACGAUGAGGUCGGAGAGGUUCUGACCUUACCUCUUCAGGCUCACCAUGCCAUGGAGAAGAUGGAGGAGUUUGUGCACAAAGUUUGGGAGGGGCGUUGGCGAGUCAUUCCCUUUCAUGUCCUGCCUGACUGGCUGAAGGACAAUGAUUACCUACUGCAUGGACAUCGACCUCCCAUGCCCUCCUUCAGGGCCUGUUUUGGCAGCAUCUUCAGAAUUCACACUGAGACCGGAAACAUCUGGACUCAUCUUUUAGGUUUGAUCUUAUUCAUUUGUCUGGGCACUUUAACCAUGCUCCGCCCCAACAUGUACUUUAUGGCACCGCUGCAGGAGAAAGUUGUGUUUGGGAUGUUCUUCUUGGGAGCUGUGCUCUGCCUCAGCUUCUCCUGGCUUUUUCACACUGUCUACUGCCACUCGGAAAAAGUAUCUCGCACAUUCUCCAAGCUUGACUACUCGGGCAUUGCCCUCCUAAUCAUGGGCUCCUUUGUGCCCUGGCUGUACUACUCGUUCUAUUGUUCCCCUCAGCCUCGACUUAUCUACCUCACCAUCGUUUGUGUUCUCGGCAUUGCCGCCAUCAUAGUUGCCCAAUGGGACCGAUUCUCAACCCCUCGUCACAGACCUACACGAGCAGGUGUGUUCAUGGGUCUUGGACUGAGUGGCAUUGUCCCCACUAUGCACUUCACCAUCGAGGAGGGUUUUGUGAAGGCCACUACAGUCGGGCAGAUGGGUUGGUUCUAUCUGAUGGGUGCCAUGUAUAUCACUGGUGCUGGUCUGUAUGCAGCCAGGAUCCCUGAACGCUAUUUCCCUGGAAAGUGUGACAUCUGGUUCCAUUCCCAUCAGAUUUUCCAUGUUUUGGUCGUGGCAGCAGCUUUCAUCCAUUUCUACGGGGUUUCCAACCUGCAGGAGUUCCGCUAUGGCCUCGAGGGAGGUUGCACAGAUGAUACUCUGCUCUGA